UUUCUCUCUCUUCUCUCUCUCCCCCUCCCCCUCCCCCUGCUUCUACUUCCAUGUGAAUGCCCUGUGCUUGAGUUGAGUGGGAGCUAAAAAGAUAACCUCAGAGAGAGAGAAAGAGGGAGAGAGAGAGAGAGAGAGAGAGAAUGUGGUGUGGAGGAGGUGAGAGUGCAAAGAAGAAGGCAAUGUGGCUCUAUCCAAAGGUUGAGGGAUUCAACCCUCCUGAGAGAUGGGGACACACUGCUUGUUAUUCUCACGGGCAUCUUUACAUUUUUGGGGGAUGCUGUGGAGGUUUGCAUUUUGGCGACGUGCUUGUUCUUGAUCUCGACAAUAUGGUUUGGAGAACUCUUGCGACCACCGGCCAAGGACCUGGCCCGAGGGACAGUCACAGUGCUGUUCUUGUGGGGCACAGGAUGAUUGUGUUUGGGGGCACGAACGGCUCUAGAAAGGUUAAUGACCUUCAUGUACUGGAUCUCAGGUCCAAAGAGUGGACUCAGCCGAACUUCAGAGGGAAACCGCCGUGCCCUCGUGAAAGUCACUCUGCCACGCUUAUCGGGAAUGAUAAGAUGGUCGUUUUUGGGGGUAGUGGCCAAGGCGAAGCAAACUACUUGAACGACUUGCAUAUUCUGGACCUAGAGACGAUGAGGUGGAUGUCUCCUGAGGUAAAAGGCGAGAUUCCUGUCCCUAGGGACAGUCACAGCGCUGUUGCCAUGGAAAACAAAUUAGUGGUGUAUGGUGGAGACUGCGGCAAUCGGUAUCUUGGCGAUGUUGAUAUACUCGAUACGGACACAAUGACCUGGUCGAAGUUGAAUGUUCAAGGAUUUUCACCCGGAGUCAGGGCUGGUCACGGUGCUGUGAGCAUCGGAACCAAGAUCUAUGUCCUUGGAGGGGUCGGAGACAAGCAUUAUUAUAAUGACAUUUGGGUGCUUGACAUGGUCAAUCAUCUAUGGACGCAGCUUGGUGCACAUGGCCAACAACCUCGGGGCAGAUUCUCACAUACGGCUGUCGCUCUAGGAACUGACAUUGCCAUCUACGGCGGAUGUGGAGAGGAUGAGCGUCCGCUCAAUGAGCUAUUGAUCUUGCAGCUUGAAGAAGAACAUCCUAAAUCCCAUCAGAACAACCCUAUGUGUAGCAUCUUGUCGGAGCAAUGGAACAAAAAGAAUAGAAGACGGCCAAGAGGAACCAGUAGCACAAACGAUACCUUUUACGAUGGCAAAGACAUUUUCAGCGGAGGAGUUUUGGCAGCAGGAGCCGAAUUAAAGGAAUCUGUUCAUUUCAGUCCAGAUGCUUUUCGUCUAAAGCGGGAAAGAACUGCCAAUUCGAGGGCCUUGGAGGUAGAAUCAGAGCAAGAAGAGCAUUCCCUCUCGCUGUCUCAGCAUUCUUCCCCAUCGCAGUCUGAUCAAGAGCAAACUCAAGUUUUCAUAGCCGCCGAUUCAGUCAGAGGAUCUCAAGAAUAUCAUUUUCUUAAGAACUUCAAUCAAAAUCAUAGCGAUGGCCAACCUGAUGGCAAUGUUCUUAGCAGCCCGAAGACACUCACAAUUGACAGUCAAGGAAGUCCGCCGGAUCUCAUUCUAGGGGGGCGACAAGUCAUCACUAGACAAGAACCAUCGUUUCAUGUUGCUCACAAUUAUCGACAAGGAUUGCAUCACCGACCAGAACAGACACCGGGUGGUUCGGCGCCUAUUCAAAAUAUGAUUGGAGCUAAUGUUUGCGGAAAAGUUGAUGGAGCAUUUGAUUCGGGCUUCUUAGUAACCGCAAGUGUUAAUGGAAAGAUAUUCAGAGGAGUCUUGUUUGCACCGGCACCAAGCUUCAUGUCCAGAGGAGCCGUUCUCACUCAAAAUCCUCCACCUCGCCCAGCUCAAAUUCCCCUCGUUCACCCUCUGCAAAGCUCGGGCCAUGCGGAAUUCAUGAGACAUGCUCAGCAAGCGCAAGGGACAAGGCCGCCUCAGGUCGUCAGAGCCUCUCCUCCGUUGGGCAGGGAACCGAAGCAGAGGAGCGAUCUUCAAGGCGUGGUUCUGACAUUGGGAGGACCGGCUAGCGGUCAUUAGUUAAGCUUUUGAGCAAUAACCAGCCCUCCAUACUAUGAAGAGGGAAAAUGAGGCACUCUAACUUCUGCUGCUCAUUAAGUACUGCACGCCAAGUGUAAUCUCCAAGUCUUUCCCUCUUGUUUGUGCCUAUGUAGUGCUCCAAUGCAUGCUCUCCUUUCUUUUUUUUCAAUUUCAAACAAGAUCAAGGAAAACAGAGAAGAGUGUAUCUAUCUAGUGACGCAUUAAAACAUUAUUAGAUCCAAGUAAUUUCACUUCUCAGUUUUGCUUCA